CCGUAGUUCUACAGUAAUGAAAAUUCCAGUGAAGCCACUUCUAAGUUCGUUAUGAAUCUUCAAACCCAAGGUUAUGGUAGAGAACCUAAACCGCGAUGUAAUCUUUGACAUCUGCAAAUUCAUGGAUCUACCUUCCAUUGUCAGCUUGGCGGCUGUGUUACCUCAAAGAUCUGCGGACAUUUUUCGUGUGCUCAAGAAACGGGUCUAUUCUUUGCGAGUGGAGAUUGUUCCGCAACAUAUUUCGGUGGAAUAUUAUGAGAUGAAGAAUGAAACCGAGAAGGAUAAAUAUUGGAUUUUUGAAAAACUGCCAGUUCUUCCGAAAGCUAUUUGGCGAGACAUCCCAUUCGCUAUGCUGCACACGGAAUGCCUUGAGAUUACUCAAGGGGCCCAAAUACCCGAAGAGGUUGAGAGAAUCUUACAUGAACUUGUAAUUCACUCCAUGUCUUUACAAUUUGUUUGCCGAUUGGAGGCGAAGAAAGUUCUCGAACUUGUUACCUUUACGUCAGGAGCGAGGUUAAGCAUGUUUGAGUUAUCGAAAUCCAUUGCCAGCGAAUCUCUAAUACCGCAGAGGUUAUUUGAUGACGGUGACGAGCUGGUAUUUGUUGCCGACAUGCUCUCGGACGAGUUUUCACGAUUGCUAAACUCGGCUGUGCGGUACGUCUUCAUCACCUGCGAACGGCUUCGGCCGGAAUUCACCUCGUUGCUCAAGGAAUACAUCGAGCGGUUUCUGAGGGACGAAGUCAAACAGCUUACCUUCUCGCUGAGGACCAUGAGCAGAUCUUUGCGGGACAUCUUUGAGAACGUUGCCGGCCGAGGAGAAGUGCUUGUACGUAUUGGUAGUAAACAGAUCGAAUUCUCAUAUGAUCGCGGAACAUCCGAAUUGUUCUGCUCGACCGUAGAAUAGAAGGCUUUGGAAUGUUGUACAUUUUUGUAUAAAAAUUUCUUGCUUUGCAUUUAUCGCUCAUUUUGUUGAAGUGCCAAUUUUCGCUUUUUCACAGCUGGAACUGCGUAGGGACC